CGGGUGGGCGACGUCAUUUCGGCGGGAAGUGCGAGAGGAGAGCGCGGUGACCGGAAGCGGGUUCCGGUGGGGCGCGCGGUUGUUAUGGUAACGGGGCCCGGGGAGCCGUGAGCGUCCAACCGGAGACAGAGAGACAGAGAGAGGCCCCGCGGCUCCCAGGCUUGCGAUGCUCAUUCCAUAGCCGUGAUCUCGCCGGACUCCAGCUGGAGGGAGGAUGGCGCCUGGGAAGAGCCUCAGGUGCAUGGAGCUUGCGCUGGCCUGCGAGUGGGAUGCUUGCGAGUUUGUGGGGAAGGGCAUGGAGGAAUUCUGCGAUCAUGUCGCCGUGCACCUGCGGGAACACCUCACCGAGUACGACAGCUUCGGCGAGUUAGACGAGUAUCAGUGCCUGUGGCGGGGCUGUGGCUUCCUGGCGGUGGAGGGCCCUAACGAGCUGGUGGUGCACGUCAACUACCACAGUUACCACGCCAAGCUCAAGUACCUCGGGGGUGAGCUGCAGCGGCUAAGGUCUGACCUCCCCGUGUGCUCGCUGGAGAGUCAGAACCAGAACCUGAUCCCCGAGAUCGCUGAGACCUUUACCUGCCAGUGGGAGCAUUGUGAUAGUACCUUUAAUAAUCCAGAAUGGUUUUACCGGCAUGUGGACAUGCACGGCCAAUGCACUGACAGAGAGACUCUUCCCAACAAAAACAAAACUAUUCCCUGCUGCUGGAAAGGUUGCGACGCUUGCUUCAGAGUCAAGUUUAAGCUGCGGGAGCACCUGCGCAGCCACACCCAGGAGAAAAUCGUCUCGUGCCCUAACUGCGGGGGCAUGUUCUCCAACAACACCAAGUUCUACGACCACGUCCGCCGGCAGACUUCCAUCGAGCAGAAGACCUUUCCCUGUCAGCACUGUGACAAACAUUUUGCCAACGAGCGGCUCCUGCGGGACCACGUGCGAAACCACGUGAACCAGUUCAAAUGCCCACUCUGUGACAUGACCUGCACCACCUUCUCCUCCCUCAGGACCCACAUCAAGUUCCGCCACUGCGACGAGAGGCCGUACCCGUGUGACUUCUGUGAGAACAGCUUUAAGAACUUAUAUGAUCUGCGGAAGCACAUCGAAACGCACAGUGAUGAGCCCACGUACCACUGCAGCUCUGAGGGCUGCGAGUUCACAGCACGCACCGUGCAGACACUCAAACAGCACUACAGGAAGGUCCACGAGGGUGAAACAAAGCCUCGAUACAAGUGUCACAUCUGUGACAAGUGCUUCGCCUGGGCCUACACCCUAACGAUGCACCUCCGCAGGUCGCACCAGCUGAAGUGGCCUUCUGGGCAUGCACGGUUCAGAUACAAGGAGAACGUGGACGGAUAUUUGCAGCUGCACAUGGUUCGCUACGAGACUGAAGAGCUGACCCAGCAGAUCAUCAAAGACCUGGAGAAGAGGCGAGUGCCGCCGGCAACCAAGCCCCCGGAGACUCGUCUCCCCGCCAAGUCUCGGCGCCAGGCACUGCCGCCCGAGCCCUCGGCAUUGGAGCCCGCCAUCACCACCGACAACCUCUGCCCCGGUCAGCACAACGCCCCCCCGCCAGAAAUCUUGCCCGCAGCUCCCGCUCCCGUCCAGCGGCAAGCGGCGCAAACGCCAAAGGGGAACGCCGCUGGGGUGGAGGCUGCGGGAAGCGAGUCUCCGGUUUAUUGCGAGCUCAGGAACAUCAGACAGGGUGUGGUGGAGGAGCCCGGCGCUGCCCCGGGAACAAGACGGGCAAGAGCAUCUUUGGACCCAGCGGAAACGCUGGAGAAAGUAGCCAGAGGACUUGGAAUCCAGAUCAUUGGCUAAAUGUGAUCGGGCCUGAAGCUGGCUGGACAACCUUGCACUCUACAACUGAAGUGGACAGACCUCUGUUGGAUGUGAGGCUAAACCCAACACCACUUCUCCAGCUGUUAAAACUCUUCAGGACACAGAUCCAUCCUUGAGUCUUGCAGUGCUUCUCUCUUUGCUGCAAUAGUUCCACCUUGUUAGAUUUUACUUAGCACUUAAGGUGUAAGUUCUUGACAAAUAUAUUUGAAAUUCUAAAUUUUACCUGCAGCUAAGACAUCUGUCUUUGCAUUUGGCUUCUUUCAUGCUGUGACGAAAAUAAUCUAAUUGAUCGGGGGAAGGUGAGCGGGUAGAGAUGAGAAGAGAUGACUUUAAAAAACUGAACUCCUACCUCAGGGAACAAGGCAAACAAACCAAUUUCGUAAUAAAGCUACUAGGAGUUAGUAUUUGUGGUACUUUGAAUGUUGAUGUUUUAGUAAGGCUCUUAUUUUCUACUGCCUUCUGAAGCGUGAAGGAUUUUGAUUGGGUAUAUAUUUUUUUUGAAGGAUUAUUAUCCCCAGAAAAGCGAUGUG